AUUAACUGUGUAGGGUGAACAGUGAACAGUGAACUAGAAGUGUGUACCAAGGAUGUUGUCUGGAAUAAUCAAUAUGGGUGAAUAUCUGAUAUAAGUGGCGGAAAUAAACUCCCAGGCUCCCCAUAUGCUCCCUGUACCCAAGUACAUUUGUAUAUAAACAGAGUGUACAUCAACAGGGCUUAGAAGAGAACAGUGAACAUGUAUAAUGUGUGGCUAGUUCUCUAUUGAAGCUGUGGAAAGAAAUACUAAUGGAAAAUAAGAAAAGGAAUGGGAUGUUUUUAUGAUUGUUUUACCAUGUGUGGUGCAAAAUGGGUAAGGUACUGAUGCUAUCUAGAGGCACUGAAUGACCCCAGACCAGCAUACAUGGAUCUGGCCCCUAAUUGUGGACCCUGGGAGUAGGCUGUUCAACAAAUGGUGUUGUUAAAAACUGCAUGCAGAGAUAGUUACAAGUGAUAAGAAACUCAUCAGGGAGAAGUUCCCGUAAUCUCAAAGAUCACUGUGUGGGAGAGAGCUUCUUAAGGAUAUGGAUUACACUACACACAUCAACAUCACUGGCAAGCUUGAUGUGAAUAUUUCCUCUGUUUCAUGUUUUUGAUGCAUAUUCAAGAAAGACUUGUUUUCUACUUGCGCAUUAAGUGUACUGACAACAAGCAGAAAUUUAUAUGGAAUGGAUCUAUGUUUCCCACAAGUUGCUGUCUGUGUUUUAUUCAGUUAUAUCUGUUAACACAGUGCGCUGUGGAGAGAUUUUAUUUUGAACAGCCAGAAGGAAGAGAGAAAUUAAAGGCAUAUAGAUAUGAUUGAUAAAUACACUGCUGUGAAGUUUUAAGGCUGGACUACUCAUGCAUGGUCUCUUCUUACAUGAAUAAACUGUCAAGUAAUAAUAUGUAUUAGUGUUCAAUAAUGUGUGCACAUUUGGAUAACCUUGUUGAAAAUUUGUCACACUGAUAAAAGUUGGAGAUAAGUCUAUCUUGUGUGAGAUGUGCAAUAUAACACCGUUGUGAAGUCUUCCAGUCAGUAAAAAAAAUAUUGUGAAAAGUUUAAUAAUGUGGAUCCCUCAUCCAGCAAGAUUUUGUACCACAGUGUGGUCCACAAAACAUGCGUGUGUUGUGUACAUCCUGGUUCACAUUGUGGUGUCUGCGCCUGUUGAGCCAGACCCAAGUCUUGUACAGGUUGGAAACCAACAGAUAUUGGGUGACACACUACACACAUCCAACAUAGGCUCAAAUUCUGGAGACAUGCAACAUUUAUUCGGAACAGUGCAAUACAAGGAAGUUGUAAACUCAGGAAAUACUCUAAAUGGUGCUCAAGGACAUUUAAACCUGCCAAAUACUGUACAUGCAACUGACUCAAUAAUAGUGCAACUUAACGAAUAUAACUACUUGUCUGAUAAUGCAGCCCCCAACAACAGGGGGCUACUUAAUCCUUCUUCAAAUGUAGGACUAGCCACACAAGAUGAUAUUCUGCAUACAACACCCACACAGCUUCUUGCCUUUCCUCAAAGUACCGGAGAAAAACAUUCAAGACAUAUCCUGAAAGAUGAUUCUUUAAGUACAUUACAGAAGCAAACAGAUGUCUCCCACCAAAGUGCAAAAGAUGGGGGCGUUGUUGAAACUUAUGAAAAUACUGGAUUACAUAAGCCACUAUCUGACUCAGCAGGACUCUAUGAACCAGCUCACCACCCUCAAGUUAUGGAACUGAAAGUGCAAAAUAUUGAUAGCAAUGGUGAUAACCAUCCAUCAAGUUCUAAGAAACUCAGUGAGUUGUUGAUUACGGUUGGCUCAGGACUGGUAGUCCUGGUAAGUGUUGGUGUUAUCAUUGGUCUGUUUGGCUGCUGUUGUAAGAAGAAACCAAGAGAGGUCACAGACGUCACGGAAACCAAGGUCACACCUGAAGAGAUCAAGGUCAAUGAAAAAUCUUUCUCAAAGAACCCCUCCCAAGUGUUUAACCCAAGUGAGCUGAAGGCGGUAGAGGACCUGGAUGGUACAGAGGCUGGCCUGUCGGUGAAGGACAAGAUCAAAGCCCUCGAUACUAAGCUUCUCAUACAGCAGCCCUCACCCGACAAGCGGCGAUCUCAGAUCUCCAAUGAUAAGGCAUCGGCCCGUCACUCCCAGCUGCUGCCAGACAAGUCCCAUCUGCCCCAGCGCUCACCUGAUCUCCCCACAAAACGCAGGUCAUACAACGAGGCUUUCUCGCCCGAACAAGUGCCUUUACUCGUGCCCCAAGCUACCUUGGCGGCUGCCCAACCAACUGUCACCGUCUCAGAGGAGGAUGUGGUGGGUGAGCCAACAAGGAGUACUGCUGACAAUGUGAGCAAGAGUGACACACAGGAUGAUAUCUCAGACAAGAUUUUUGACAACAUAUCAACACACAGUUCCAUAUCACAGCCUUACAACCCUGAUGUGGUGAUAGCUGACACUGAUGAGGAGGAUGAGUUCUCAGAAAUACAGCGCGGCACCACCAUUCUCAAAUCUUUCCAGCGAGCCAAGCCUCCGCGCAACCGAAGUCCGGCCACUCGCACCUCCAAGGGGAAGAUCAGGAAGGCCAGACCAGGAAAGCCCAACACUACUCCGUCCAGAAGUGAUGACCUUUCCUUUGGAGAAGGUGACUCUGCCCAAUCCUCUGUGUCCCUAGCAACCACAGUUUCCAUAGCAACUCCUGACAGAAAGUCAGGGGCUUUUGACAAAUGUGAAACACCGAAGACAUCGAAACCGAAUAGCAAAAGUAACAGUCUGGAUAAAAGUGUCAACAAGUUAGAUGAUGGACUCAAAUCCCGCAGUCUAGAUAAGAAAGUGGAUAUAAUGAGUAAAUCUACUGACAGCCGUGAUUUCGAGUCCGUCAUGAGCCAGAGUGUAACUAGUAUAGGAAGUGAUAUUGUGACCCCUAUGAAGAGGAAUGGCAAAUAUGCCAAAGCCAAGAACUCACCUAAAAAGGAGCGCACUGAAUCUCCCGUACGGAAUCCUGGAACAGAGUCUCCUUCGCGCUUCAAGAAAACCACAGAUUCGCCAGUUGAAAAGCGUAAAAAUCGCAAACAGGAUCAGGAAAGUACUGAGAAAAACCAUAUGUCCUCUGAUAUAGCUGAAGGCAAGGAAGUGAAGAGUGCUAGUCCCUCCAAUAGGUUGUCUGGGUUGGCCAGUAACCCUAGCAACAACUUCUUCUACCUUAUAGACCCCACAGUCAAGGACAAGUGUAAAAGUGUUGGGGAUGUGACAGCGGAGAAAAAGAAACCUGCAGCCUCUAUUGAUAACAAUGAAAAAGUCACGAAACAUCCAGGUAGCAGCAAACAAAGCACUUCAAAGAAAGAUGAGACUGACAGGUCCAUGAGUCCAGUGAAGAGAGAGCGCACGAAGUCUGACCCUCACAGAAAGUCAGUGGAGUUGGAAAACACAAACUUGUGAGUGGGAGGAGUGCAACAUGAUAUCUUUUGAGAGAGGGCAUUGCAAAGCCUGAAAUUUCACCACUUAUGAGAAAUGCCAAUUGUGAAAAAACUCAUACUUGUGACAGAGCAGUGCCAAAAAUAAACACCUGUCACCAAUUAAAGUAAAUUGUUCCACGGUUCAACAAAAUGUGAAACACAUGUUUAAUAAUUAUGGAGAAAAAGCCAAGCAAUCAAUCAAGAUGUGUGCAAGGACAGUACAAAAAUGCAUUAACAAGAAAUUGAAAUACUGGAGUAUGCACACUGGAAUAUUACUUAUGUGAGAUACGUGUAAUGGUUCAAGCACUCUUGGACAGAUUUUGCAGCAGUGAAGGGACUGUACUUAAGUUGGACUGAAGUAUAUAGCAAAGCAUAAUUGUGGUUGAAUACUGAGAUUAGGAAGGUGGUCAUUCAAUGUGAACCUGCUUUUUCUGUUUGAAUUGUCAGGGGUAACUCUUGUAUGAAGACUACACGAUGUAUAACUACUAACAUUAUUAAUAACAUAACAGUGCUAGUA